GUUGGGAGAAAGGGCAGGAGCAAGGGUUUAGAGGAGGCCUGGAGUUGAAGCUUCAGGGUCUUGGGUUCAGGGGUUAGAGCACCGACUAUAUGGAAGAUUCCCAGGAUGACUCCCCAAUCUCCUUCCUUCCCCAUUUGGAGGCCAAGAUCCGCCAGACACACAACCUUGCACAACUUCUGACCAAAUACUCAGAACAACUGCUGGAGGAAUACGUACAGCAGCAGGGAGACCCCUUUGGGCUGCCGGGCUUCUCACCACCGCGGAUUUCCCUGGCCGGCCUGAGCGGCCCAGCGCCGAGCCACGCGGGGCUACCGCUGUCCGAGCGGCUGCGUCUGGACGCGGCCGCCUUGAGUGCGCUCCCCGCGCUGUUGGAUGCUGUGCGCCGCCACCAGGCGGAGCUGAACCCGCGCGCCCCGCGCCUGCUGCGGAGCCUGGAGGAAGCGGCGCGCCAGGCUCGCGCCCUGGGAGCCGCGCUAGAGACGGUGUUGGCGGCUCUGGGCGCAGCAGCCCGCGGGCCCAGAGCGGAGCCCACCGCCACCACCACCCAUUACAACGCCAACAGCACUGCGGGCGUCUUCUCAGCCAAGGUGCUGGGGCUCCACGUGUGCGGCCUCUAUGGCGAGUGGGUGAGCCGCACCGAGGGCGACCUGAGCCAGCUGGUGCCUGGAGGCGUCGCCUGAGAGUUAGUACUGUUCUUGCAAGCUCACUCUGUCCCACCUCUUUGGCUUCCAAUUCUCUCUCUCCAUAUGAGUCACUGUGUUCUUGCCCUGUCCCCGUCUUUCUGCAGUAUUGUGGUCUCUUUCUCUUUGAUCUUGUUUCCUCAGGGAGCUCCGUGCCUACCUGUUUCUCUUUUUUUCCCUCUUUUCCUCCCGUCUUGAUUUUUUUUUCCUUCAGGAGGUUUCUAUUUCUCGUUCCACGUCUCUUGCUCUUUGUUUGCUUGCUUGUUCAUUUUUGAAACAGGGUCUUACUAGGUAGCCGUGGAUGACCUGAAGAAGCUCGCUAUGUAGACCAGCUGGCCUAAAACUCACAGAGCUCCACCUGCCUCUGACUCCCAGUUUCUCCAUCUCUCUCCCCAUGGUCACCACGGAGGUGACACUUUCUAUCCCUUUAGUUCCUUUGUCCUUUCCUAACCAGAAGUGCAAGACCACCUCCCUCAGGACCAUCUGUCUCCCUGGUGCCUCUCUCCUCCCGCCAGAUCCUUUAGAGCCUUACCCCUCCCCCUUCAAUGCCCUUCCUUUUCUUACCUCCAUAUCCCGUUCCCAGGGGCCCCAGCCCUAGCCUGGUCUAUGGAGAGGGAAAGUCAAAAGCAUCUUAAGAGAGUUUUAUUUGAGAAUAAAUUAAUAUUUGUAAAUAAAUGUUUAACAAUAAAAUCACAAUUUAAUGAAACACAGUUGUUGCAUAUGGGGAAUGAGAGUUGAGGAGAAAAGGAUCUUUAGCGCACAGGAGGUGGGUUCCCGCCCACAGAGGCACAGUACAAAUCCACGAAGGGCCCAGGCCAGGGAUACCACUUGUCAGUCCUGACCACAAAGUAGGUGUCCUCAGCAGGAAGCAGAUGAGGAAGAGCCCUGGUGAUUGUGGCUGGGCGUUGGG